AUGUCCGAAUCUCAAAUCAAAGUAUUGUAUAUCCCAGGCGCUCCUCCAAAUCUUGUCAUGUCACAUGCCGAGAGAGCUGACCAACAAGGGGCUGAAGUAGUCGAACCCAUGGCGUUUGACGAAGAAGAGGGAUUGCCUGGCUUCCAUAUCAAGGUUGCGGAUGAGUGCCCGUUUUUGGUCGUUUUCCUUGAGGAGGACAUUAUGCCUUUACUCGUCAAGAUCAAGCCCGUCGGUGAGGUUUCCCCGCGGGUACAAGAAUUUAUCCAAGAGGUUCACGACCGCCUGCAAAAUAUCAGGGGCGACUUGUAG